AUGGUAGAUGCGACAGCGUUGAUGGCGCUAGUGACGGCGCUGACGGUGACGAUGACGACGACGAUGACGAUGACAAUGACGAUGAGUUUAGGAUCCCAGCUUCCUUGCUAUUCCAACAUCCCCGCUAUUCUGACAUCCUGGUCAUCUCUGCAUUCCUGUGAUUUCUGUGAUUUCUUCAUUCCUGUGAUUCCACGCUCACUGUGUCGCACCCCAGCAUUCUGCUCAGUGACCUGUGGAACUGGGGUCAAGCUCCGUGACAUCACCUGCACUGACCACCAGGGGGCGCCUGUAGACGAGAGUCAGUGCGAUCGGAAGCUGCGGCCGCUCUAUAGGGAAGAGUGCAACCAGAACCCCUGCUAUGCUUCUAGCUGUGCAGAGCUGAAGAAGGUAUCCGAGGUAACGCGUGAUGACGACUACAACAUCUAUGUCAAUGGCGGCUUUAUUAAGGUGUACUGCCACAACAUGGACUCUAGCGACCCAAAGGAGUACAUCACGCUACCUGCUGGUGACUCGGAGAACUACUCUGAGAUCUACCAGAAGCGGCUCAACCACCCGCUCACCUGCCCCUACAACGGCACGCGCUACGUCGGCUGCAACUGCGCCAAGGAGCUGAACCCGCACGGCGGCCUCAGCACGUUCCGCAAGAUACGCUUCAACAUCACCACGUUCACCGUCAUCACGCACUCUGGUGGCGAGCAGUGCAUUCCUGUCGCCCCCUCGCACCAAUGGGGUUAUGGGCAGUCACGUGGUACAAACCAGAUGGCGCUCAAUAGCGUUGUUACCGGAAGUGGAAAUUCACUUCAGGCAGUUUAUGCAGUGGGACAGCAAUCUCCGAACUAA